AGCCGUCGUAAAAGCAGCCAACGGACCAUUCUUCUUCUUCACCAAUUUAUUGCCCUCUAAAUCUCUAAUAGAUUCUUUUCAUUUGUUUUACUUCCCUCAAAUCCUAUAUAAACACGCACAGGUUUGUUGAUUGAUACACCAAUUUCAUUAUAUACAAUUACAUAUACUUUUUCUAUAAUGGCGGAACCGGUGGAGCUUCCUAGUCGGAUUGGAAUUCUACCGUUUAGGAACAAAGUCUUGUUGCCUGGUGCAAUUAUUCGAAUUCGAUGCACUUCUCCGAGCAGUGUGAAAUUGGUGGAACAAGAGUUGUGGCAGAGGGAGGAGAAAGGGUUGAUUGGUAUUUUGCCAGUUCGAGAUGCUGCAGAGACACUGUCAGUGGGUUCCAUGUUAACUCAAGGUACUGAUUUGGGAAGCUCAAAGAAUCAAACAGGCUUGUCGGAUUCACACAAGCUUGAUGGGAAAAGCCAACAAGAACCUAUUCAUUGGCAUACAAGGGGCGUUGCUGCGCGUGCAUUACAUCUAUCUAGAGGAGUUGAAAAACCAAGUGGAAGGGUCACAUACACAGUUGUUCUUGAAGGUCUAUGCAGAUUUAGUGUCCUGGAGCUUAGUACUAAAGGGACAUACUCUACUGCAAGAAUAUCCCCUCUUGAUAUGACAAAGGCUGAGAUGGAGCGAGUUGAACAAGACCCGGACUUCAUAGCACUGUCUCGUCAAUUCAAAGUAACUGCCAUGGAGCUUAUCUCUGUUCUCGAGCAGAAACAAAAAACUGGUGGGAGAACCAAAGUUCUUCUGGAAACGGUCCCCCUGCACAAACUGGCAGACAUCUUUGUUGCAAGCUUUGAGAUAAGUUUUGAAGAGCAGCUAUCUAUGCUAGAUGCUGUUGAUGUGAAAGUAAGGCUUUUAAAAGCCACGGAAUUAGUCGAUAGGCAUUUACAGCAGUCGAUACGUGUGGCAGAGAAGAUAACCAAAAAGGUUGAAGGGCAGCUUUCAAAAUCACAAAAGGAAUAUCUUCUUCGUCAGCAGAUGAGGGCUAUUAAGGAAGAGCUUGGUGACAAUGACGAUGAAGAUGAUGACGUGGCUGGUCUUGAAAGGAAAAUGCAAAGCGCUGGAAUGCCUCCAAAUGUCUGGAAGCAUGCACAGAGAGAACUAAGGAGACUGAAGAAAAUGCAACCACAGCAACCUGGGUACAACAGUUCCCGUGUUUAUCUGGAGCUUCUUGCUGAUUUGCCAUGGCAGACAAGCAGUGAAGAGGUGGAGAUGGACUUAAAAGCUGCAAAAGAGCGGCUUGACAGUGACCACUAUGGAUUAGAGAAGGUGAAACAAAGGAUCAUUGAAUAUCUAGCCGUGCGCAAGUUGAAGCCAGAUGCGAGGGGUCCUGUGCUAUGUUUUGUGGGGCCACCAGGUGUUGGGAAAACAUCAUUGGCAUCAUCCAUUGCUGCUGCUUUGGGUAGGAAGUUUGUGCGCAUAUCUCUUGGUGGUGUCAAAGAUGAGGCUGAUAUUAGGGGCCAUAGGAGGACAUACAUCGGAAGCAUGCCCGGCCGACUCAUUGAUGGCUUAAAGAAAGUAGCUGUUUGCAAUCCUGUUAUGUUGCUGGAUGAGAUUGAUAAAACGGGAUCUGAUGUACGUGGUGAUCCUGCUUCAGCACUUCUGGAGGUUCUUGACCCUGAGCAAAACAAAACUUUCAAUGAUCACUAUUUGAAUGUUCCUUAUGACCUAUCAAAAGUGAUAUUUGUGGCGACUGCUAAUAGGGCACAACCAAUCCCCCCACCACUCUUAGACAGGAUGGAAGUCAUUGAACUUCCAGGAUAUACACCUGAAGAGAAGCUUCGAAUAGCCAUGCGCCACCUAAUCCCACGUGUUCUAGACCAACAUGGCCUUAAUUCUGAAUAUCUUAAAGUUCCCGAGGCGAUAGUGAAAGUAAUUAUUGAACGAUACACGAGAGAAGCUGGUGUGCGGAACCUGGAGAGAAACCUGGCGGCCUUAGCCCGUGCAGCGGCGGUGAGAGUGGCGGAGCAAGAGCAAGACAGGGACAGGGACAGAGUUGCGCUUAACAAAGAUGUGCAACAGAUUUCUUCACCAUUGCUAGAGAGCAGACUUGCUGAAGGAGGAGGAGUAGAGAUGGAGGUGAUACCAAUGGCAAUGGGUGUUAACAAUCAUGAAAUAUCAAGUGCAUUCCGGAGGGUUAUUAUGUCACCACUUAUUGUGGAUGAUGAGAUGCUGGAAAAAGUACUUGGGCCUCCCAAAUAUGAUGAUAAAGAAACAGCGGAGAGAGUUUCAACUCCUGGGGUUUGUGUUGGUUUAGUUUGGACUUCCUUCGGUGGAGAAGUCCAGUUUGUUGAGGCUACAUCAAUGGUGGGUAAGGGGGAUCUGCAUCUCACUGGCCAAUUGGGUGAUGUCAUCAAAGAAUCAGCACAGAUAGCAUUGACUUGGGUAAGAGCAAGGGCAGCAGAGCUUAAUCUGGGUUGUGCACAAGGAGAAGGCAAUCUGCUUGAAGGGCGGGACAUCCAUAUACAUUUCCCUGCAGGGGCAGUGCCAAAAGAUGGACCCUCAGCUGGUGUGACUCUGGUGACCUCACUCGUUUCACUUUUCAGCCGUAGACGGGUGCGAUCAGAUACAGCCAUGACCGGAGAAAUCACUCUGCGUGGCCUAGUUUUACCCGUAGGGGGUAUCAAGGACAAGGUGUUGGCGGCACACCGUAAUGGUCUUAAGAGAGUUAUCCUUCCAGAGAGAAAUUUGAAAGACUUGGUUGAAGUUCCUCCAGCUGUUCUCGCUAGCAUGGAGAUACUACUUGCAAAGAGAAUGGAAGAUGUGUUGGAACAUGCUUUCGAAGGUGGGUGCCCCUGGAGACAACAUUCCAAAUUAUGACAUCAUCUUUUAAUUUAAGGAUCUAACAUAUGUAUUUGUAUUCCCACUACAUGUUGUGCGCUUUAUCAUGCUUUGCUUAUACAAAUUGUCUGUCUGUAUGUAUGUAUCACUAUAUAUAUAUAUAUAAAAAAUACUUUUACA